ACUAGGUCCCGCCAGUGUUUCGGAGGUCCCGUCUGGCAAGUUCGAGAACCCAGAACUCGAGGCAUACGUCUGCCCGACGAGGCCAGCAUGUCGAAUCAACAUGGCCAAAUGGAGCACGCGAUUGUUCGCGUUGGCAUCAGAGAGACGGUACCGAGCAGCUCCAUCGGAGCAGCGCUGCCGUUGUGGUUGCCGGUGCUUUGGGCCACGCAGUGUGAGUUGGAGAAGGAUCGGGCGCGGCGCGUCGCAGAGGCCGCCAGGCAGGUCCCCGCGGACGACGCCGAGGCCUCCCUGUCCUUGAGCUCGCACGCCAGCUCCAAGCAGCUGGCGCUCGAGUUCCGGCAGCUCGCGGGCGCGCUGCCCGAGGCCCGUGGCGGCCAGCCGAAGGCCACGUUCGAGCCCGCGGCCAGGGUUGGCAUCGGCGGCGCGGUGCCCAGCACGGCGCAGGCGGCGCCGCCGGCGACGGCCGUGGAGAACUCCGGCGACGCGAGUUUCGCGUCCGCAAGCGCCUCCGCGAGCCACUCGAGGAAGGUCCACCCCGAUCGCCUGGGCGCGGCCGUGGCGCAGCUGCAGGGGCACCGGGAGUCGGACAAGCGCCGCCUGCUGCAGCUGGAGCAGAGGCUCGCGCUGCAGCUGUCGGAGGCCGCCUCGCCGGCGGCAGCGCUUGCGCGCCUGGCCGAGGCGCAGGGCAGCGUGUGUGCGCUGUCGGAGGAGGUGCAGGCGCUAUCGAGCCAGCAGGAGUUUCAUAACGAUACGGGUGCGCAGCCACUCUUCUCCUGGCACGCGCCCACGGCGUAUAGCCGCGAUGGCAUCGGCAUGAGCUGCCCGCUUUGGCUCGCCAUCGCCACCCUGCAGGAGAGGCUAAGGCGCUCGCUCACAACGGCCGCGGUCAAUUCAGACUUCCUGUGA